AUGCUCCUGUCUUUGCUGCUGUGUGCCAUCUGUCCGCUCGUCCUACCGUCCUCCUCUACCCCCAGCCAAGCCUCAGAUGACUCCAGACUCCUACAGGUGACCAUCCCUACGACCCCUCCCUUAUCUGCCAUCUUGGGGGGCUCUCUUACCCUACCUUGCCUGGUGUCUCUGUCCCACCCGCCCCCCAAUACAAAUGGCCGCCAUGCCGUACUCUCCCUACCCAGGGUCAAGUGGAGCGUGCUGUCCCAGGGACACGAGACUGAGAUCCUGGUGGCCCGAGGGGACAGGGUGAAGGUCAGCGAGGCCUACAAGGACAGAGCCUCCCUGCUCCAUUACGCCUCCUCCCCAGCCGACCUCACCCUGAGGCUGAAGGGCCUGCAGUACAACGACUCUGGCUUCUACCGCUGUGAGGUGCAGCAGGGCCUGGAGGAUGCCAACGAUGUGGCUCAGGUCAAGGUCAAAGGGGUGGUGUUCCACUACCGGGAUGCUUCCAGUCGCUAUGCCUUUACCUUUGCGCAGGCCCGGUAUGCCUGUGAGGAGAUCGGGGCUCACAUCGCCACCCCAGAGCAGCUCUUGGCAGCCUACCACAGUGGCUAUGAGCAGUGUGAUGCGGGCUGGCUCUCAGACCACUCAGUGAGAUAUCCCAUCCAGAUGCCACGAGAGGGAUGUUUUGGAGACAUGGAUGGGCAUCCUGGAGUGAGGAACUAUGGGCUGCUGGAACCUGAUGAGCUGUACGAUGUAUACUGUUAUGUGGAGAAUAUAGAGGGGGAAGUGUUCCAUGGAUCUGCCCCCCGAAGUUUCACCCUAUGGGAAGCUAAGGCCUAUUGUCUGGCUCAGGGAGCGGAGCUGGCUACCACAGGUCAGCUGUAUGCAGCCUGGAAUGACGGACUGAACGCCUGCAGCCCGGGGUGGUUGGCUGAUGGGAGUGUACGCUACCCCAUUGUCACUCCCAGGGAGCGUUGUGGUGGAGGGGAGCCUGGGGUCAGGACUGUCUAUCGCCAUUUGAACCAGACAGGCUUUCCAGAGGCACACACUCGCCACGACACUUACUGCUUCCGAGGCAACAGCAACACUCACACCGAAUCUCCCCAUGAUUACCUGGCAACAGAGCCAGAGGACAUCAGCCAGGACAUUGUGACGCUGCCUGAGCCUCUGGAGGAAUUCAGCCUGGGUCAGGUGACGGAGCAGGUGGUGAGCGAAGAAGCUCAGGGCUCCCUGACUGCCGUCCCUGUUCCAGAGGAGCAGCACGCAUCAGAGCAUAUAGAGGAGCAAGGGGCUGUCCCUGGAGAGCAGUACCCAGAGCAGGGGGCUGUCCCUGGAGAGCAGUACCCAGAGCAGAGGGCUGUCCCUGGAGAACAGUACCCAGAGCAGAGGGCUGUCCCUGGAGAACAGUACCCAGAGCAGGGGGCUGUCCCUGGAGAACAGUACCCAGAGCAGAGGGCUGUCCCUGGAGAACAGUACCCAGAGCAGAGGGCUGUCCCUGGAGAACAGUACCCAGAGCAGAGGGCUGUCCCUGGAGAACAGUACCCAGAGCAGAGGGCUGUCCCUGGAGAACAGUACCCAGAGCAGAGGGCUGUCCCUGGAGAACAGUACCCAGAGCAGGUGGCUGUCCCUAGAGAGCAGUACCCAGAGCAGGUGGCUGUCCCUGGGGAGCACGGAGAAGAACAGGGGUUUGUUCCUGGAGAACACGGAGAGGAGCAGGGGGCUGUUACUGAGGAGGCCUACACCAAGGAGGAUGGAGAGGAGCAGGCGGCUGUGCCUGGUCAGCACAGAGAGGAACAGGGGGUUGUUCCUGGGGAGCAGUACCCAGACCAGCCUGGAGAGGAGCAGGGGGCUGUCGAUGGCCAGGGCCCUACUGUUGUCUAUCACGAGGAGCUACCCUUUCCGGUUGAACCCCAAGACCCAUUCACCCCCACAUCCUUCCCCCAAGACCUGGAGCCCACAGAGGACACCUGGCAGCCGGUGAAAGAGGUCAGCAACCCAGAAUCAUAUCAGCCUGCCCCUGAGGAGACAAACUUAGACUCAAACUACCCAGUCACACCCUAUGAUGAGCUGAAUGCAAACCCAACACUGUAUCCACUUUCUCCCGAGACAAAUUAUGAGUCAGGUGAUCUUACAACUGCUCAUGAAGACAACAUUAGUAGCCCCGAUCCCUACCAGCCCUUGUCAGAGUCAAACGGGGAAUCAGGAGAGCUCUCUAUAGAGGGUGUACCAGGGACUGCUCUGGAGGCCCCCGUGCCCACCACAGGGUAUGAGGAGGUGGACGGGUCCAGUGAUCCACAGCCCAUGCCUGGCACAACCCCUGAGAGUGGUGUGUCUCAGUAUGGUAUUUCAGAGGAAAGCCAUCUGCAAACAGGGAUCACCCAGGAGACCGAACACUACACUUUUACCUCUGAGACCGCAGGCUACAAUGUAUCAGGAGUUGAAGCCACUACUAGUCAUGACAGCUCUCCAGAGGAGCAACUGGAAAGUGGGCUGCCCACACCUCCUGAGGAGGACCACUCCGGAGAUGAACAUGUCAUCCAGGAGCAUGUCACAGACACAGACUCGGUCUACCCAAGCACCUCUUACGACCUCUCAGGAGGGUCCAUCAGGCCUGAGGGAGCCAUCGCUGGGGGUGUUGAGGAGACAUCUGUAUCUUCCACUUCACCUCACGAGGAAACGGAGCUCUUCCCUGACCAGUCCACCACUCAGCCUCCAUACUGGGAGAACACACCUGAAUACCGCCGAACCAACUCUGUGGACCACAGUGCCAGUGUCCUUCUCCCUGAGGAGCAUACCACAUCACUGGACUCAUUGGUAAUCCAGACAGCGGAGAACAGUGGCUCUGCUACUGCUGAGUCAGGAGACCUGGCUACCCUAAGCCCAGUGGAGAUGGACCCCUAUGAACUGAUCCCUACCUCUGAAUAUGCUUUUGACCCCACUCAGGAGCAGUCUGGUGUCACGUCACCUGACUCCUCUACCCUAGAUGACCAUGUGGAGCAGAAGGCAGGAGGCACAGUGGACUCAUUAUCAGAAGUUUCCAUGGGCUCCACUGACCUGGGUUCAGUUCCAACUGACGAAGUCCUCACAGUUACUUAUGACACUGGCUCUAAUGAAGCCUCUGGGGUCCACGAGGGAAUGCUUGACUUUACCCUCUUGACAUCCCCCAAACCUAUAACCUAUUCCCCCCCGACCCAGCGAUCCGUGGAAGCAGAGGACAGCUCCCCAGGUGACUUCAUAACCUUCAUCCCAGAAUCCAGCGUUCCAUCUGGGUUUGAUCCCCUGGAGGAAGGGCUGGAGAAGGUGGAGCAAGAGGGGUUGGGUGAAAUCUCAGAAGUAGUCGAAACUACUACUCCAGAGACAGCUUCUGGUGAGGAGGGGAGUGGAGAUGAGCAGAAUGGUCAGGAGGUGAGUGGAGAAGAGGAGAGUGGUCAGGAGGUGAGUGGAGACAAGAAGAGUGGUCAGGAGGUGAGUGGAGACGAGAAGAGUGGUCAGGAGGUGAGUGGAGAUGAGAAGAGUGGUCAGGAGGUGAGUGGAGACGAGGAGAGUGGCCAGGAGGCGAGUGGAGACGAGGAGAGUGGUCAGGAGGUGAGUGGAGACGAGGAGAGUGGUCAGGAGGCGAGUGGAGACGAGGAGAGUGGUCAGGAGGCGAGUGGAGACAAGGAGAGUGGCCAGGAGGCGAGUGGUCAGGAGGCGAGUGGAGAUGAGGAGAGUGGUCAGGAGGCGAGUGGAAACGAGGAGAGUGGCCAGGAGGCGAGUGGAGACGAGGAGAGUGGUCAGGAGGCGAGUGGAGACGAGGAGAGUGGUCAGGAGGCGAGUGGAGACGAGGAGAGUGGUCAGGAGGCGAGUGGAGACGAGGAGAGUGGUCAGGAGGCGAGUGGAGACCAGGAGAGUGGCCAGGAGGCGAGUGGAGACCAGGAGAGUGGCCAGGAGGCGAGUGGAGACGAGGAGAGUGGUCAGGAGGCGAGUGGAGACGAGGAGAGUGGUCAGGAGGCGAGUGGAGACGAGGAAAGUGGUCAGGAGGCGAGUGGAGACGAGGAGAGUGGUCAGGACGCAAGUGGAGACGAGGAGAGUGGUCAGGAGGCGAGUGGAGAUGAGGCGAGUGGAGACAAGGAGAGUGGUCAGGAGGUGAGUGGCCAAGAGGGAGUAGAGUCCGGCUCAGGAUCAGGAUCAGGCGAGGUGCAUUCUGCAUCUGCUGAAUCUGGAGAAAGCUCAGGGAUCCUUGAACCAGAAGUCCCAUACAUCAAUGAAACUGUCACUCCCAUCAAUGGCACAACUGUCAAUGGCACAGAUGAAAGCGAGCCUGAGUCGAGCACAGAUGCGCCCUCUACUGACAUGGAGAUCACGCUGCUCCCUGACUUGUCCCAGACCCCUGUGCCCUCACCCACCGUACCCCAGGAGUCCCGGGCCGAUGUAGAUCUGGAGUACAGUGGGGAGACCUCAGUCACGGAGGAUCCUGACUCCAUCACUCCACCCACUGAGGAGCCUGAGGAGACCCCCAGCCCGACGCCCACCACAGUAGACUACGAUGACCAGACUACGACGGCAGCACCCCUAUAUCCAGAGGACGUUGAUGAGGAGAAACUGAUUACCACUCCUACUACUCCAAGAUUUGGGAACAUUUCAGUGUCCUCUCCUACCUUUGUCUCAGAUGCCUGCCUAGAUAAUCCUUGUUCCAACGGGGGAACAUGUGUCGACAGUGGGUCUUCAACCAAGUGCCUUUGCUUGCCCACCUAUGGAGGAAACAUGUGCCAGACAGACCUGGAGGUGUGUGAGCCGGGUUGGGAAAAGUUCAUGGGCUUCUGUUACCAACAUUUCACCAAGCGUCAGGGCUGGGAGGUGGCAGAGCAGCACUGUCGUUUGUGUGGCGGUCACCUGAUCUCGGUCAUGACCCCUGAGGAACAGGACUACAUUAAUGAUAAGUACAGAGAGUACCAGUGGACGGGACUGAAUGACAGGACAAUAGAGGGAGACUUCCGCUGGUCUGACGGGAAUCCUCUGUUGUAUGAGAACUGGUACCGGGGCCAGCCGGACAGUUACUUCCUGUCUGGAGAGGACUGUGUGGUGAUGGUAUGGCAUGACGGGGGGCGCUGGAGCGAUGUGCCCUGUAACUACCACCUCUCCUACACCUGCAAGAAGGGCACCUCUUUCUGUGGCCAGCCCCCCGUCAUUGCCAACGCCAAGGUGUUUGGUAAGUCGCAUCUGCGCUACGAGACCAACUCCAAGGUGCGCUACUACUGUGAAGAAGGAUUCCUCCAGACACAGAACCCCGUCAUUAAGUGCCUAUCCAACGGCCAAUGGGAGGAGGCUUUGAUCAACUGUCACCCUGCCCUGACCAACUUAGCAGAGGGAGAGCAGAAGGUCACAACACCACCCUAUCAGAACGAGGGGGUGGAGGUGGUGGACACAGCCACGGAGAAAGCCACUUCAGAGUUCUGGGACAUCAAGUGGAACUAA